AGGUUUUUUUUGGGGGGGGGGCAAUUAAAUCACGGUUUUACAAGCUGCAAUAAGGAGCAUGAAAUCACUACAGGACUCCGAGUAUAUUUCAAAAUGUAAUGACAAAAGUUCCAAAGAUGCAGUUGAGUGUUUUGUUCCCAUCAUUUGUGGGUAACUGUUGAGCUGAACAUUUGGUUUCAGUUUUCAACACUGGGCUAUCUCUAAUAUUUAUUUAAAAUAUCACAACAAAGAAGGGGACACCAAGAAAUAUGAUACAUGUCUUGAGUUCUGGUUACCGGCUAUUUUAAAAUAUUUAUUUUAAAAGUUAAGGGUAUGGGAGAAGUGGUUAAAUGAAAGAGGAUCACUUCUCACUAAGGAGGAGUGCACCUGCAUAUUGUUUUUUUGGAUAACACUCAAGAGAUAACAGUGGAUUCGAUUCAUGCACCUAAUGUGGAACAAUUAUUUUUCCUGUGGAACGUUUUAAAAAAACCCAACAACAACAAAUCUUUGCUAAAGGGGAUAUAAUUACAGGGGAGUUUCAUCUAAAGACUUCAUUCCAUAGCCAUACUCAACAGAAGAAGAAAACAAAUGAGAGUAGAAAACAGAUGAAUGCGUCAUUCUAUGGAAUAUUGAUAGGGUGAAAUUGGUACAAAUCAGAAAUCAAUACCCCACAACAGAAAUGUACAGUACUUGUGGAUAAUCGAGAAGCUGCGUAUAACAAUUUCCAAUUCUAUGCAACUCUAUGUGCUUUACAUUUUUUUAUCUUAAUAUCUAGGAAUAGGAGAGGAAUAAAAUAAUAAUAGUUGGGGGGGAGCAGCAGCAAAAUAGUUAUCACAGAGUUUACCACAAUAAUAAUCAAAUCUUAUAAAAUAAAUAUGGGGAAAUUAUAUAUAAUCACAGCAAAAGUGACAUGCUGCCAACAUAUAACUGUGUCGCUUUAAAAUUAAAAUUGCUACAUCAACCAGCAUCUUUUAGCCUUUUGUGUGCAUUUGGCUGUGUUAAAUGAGGUUUUGUAUUUCACUGUGGGUUUUGGCAAGGCUUCAUAUGUUUGGACUUAAGUCAACACCGGUUCCAGCUGAACAGUUCCUGUCAUUAACUUUGCUUUCAGAGGUUCAGGACACACUGGAUGUAUUUGAAGCAAAGUUGAUAUUUCAGUUGAUUGAAAUCAGCAGCUCUGUACCAGGUACUGAAGGGAAUCCAAGCACUGCAAGAAAGCCAUUGCCUGGCUCAUGGUGAAGGCUUAUAAAUAUAUGGGUGGUAUUUUCUUAGUGACUCAUCUAUCAAAGCAACGAGCCUCAGACUGUUCCGGGCAGCCAACCAAGAUGGACGUAAGCAUGCUUGAAGAGCAAUACGACUGUCUAAAACAGAAGCAAAAACUGCAGACACACAUUAUUGUGUUUAAAACAGGUGAGAAUGAGACAGUCCCAGGGGAGUCGAUGGUCAGCGCCGUUUUAAUUAACAAGAAAAUGAGGAAAGCAAAAGCAUUUAAAGAGCGUGCUCCUGUCAAAGAGGUUAGCCUUGAAUUGCCCUGCAGGGAAAAUAUACAAGACAGUUCACCUUGGCGGAUACAUCUAGAGAUCCACCGCAUUGCACAUGGAGAACACCAGGAAGUUCCUUUGGGUGCUGUCCAAAAAAGCAAUGAACAGGUUAGCUCUGACAGUGAAAUACUGUCUCAUAAGGAGAGGGUGAUAACAAGCGAAGAAUUAUUAAAAGGAAGUGAACAAUCUGCUGGAAUACUCAGCGAACAGGAAAAUUCGAGCCCUGCUGAAACGACAGACAGUUCUUAUUCACAUUUGACCUCAGUUACUUCACCAGCUUGGACACACGCUCACAUUUCAGUCUCAAAAUUGGCACCGACAUCAAGUAAGCUACCCUAUUACCCUUUCCCUCAGAAGAAAACUCACAAGAUCUCUGAAGCUGCAAGAAGACUUGGAUUGUAUGUUUCACAGUGAGAGCAUCUCAUUAAGGAAGGAAGCCAAGUCUUGCUACGCACAGAGUCCCCUACACAGAAGCAGCUGCAGGUUCCUUCUGUUCACAUGUGCAACUGCGAUCAGAUUCCAACACCUGUGGUCACAGGAAUUGCUGUGGCUGUAGCCAUGUAUAGCCCAGCUUACACAAGUGUUACCCUGAGUGGGAAAGGAAAAACUGCUCAUAUAUAGGGGUGGGGACAGCUCAAGCUACGGUAUUUUAAACAUUUGGCUAAAAUAUUCUUUUGCCCCCAUCUCCUGUGCCAAGGGGCUUGUUCACAUUUGGGCAUUCUUUAGUUGUUUAUCCACUCCCCGCACCUUUUGAAUUAGAUCAGAGUUGUCCACACAUGCACAUAUUUGAAUUUGUAUCCAAAGAGCAACUUUGGUCUUCUCAGGGGGUUUUGAAUUCAUCCUAACUGUUCUAAAUAAAAGGGACUUUCACUCAACUCACUUCUGUGGAAUGAGAGAAAUGAAGGUUGUAGCCCAGGAAAUAGCAGGACACGAUAUCUACCAACCUCAGAUCUUAGACUGGAGACUCUGAAAUUCUCCUGACUUUAUCAGCCUCCACGAUGUAUAAUGUUAACCCAUGAUUUGUUUUUUUAAAAAACAAGACUUUUCUCACAGUCAAACAAACAUGGCUUGUUUCUCCAAAGCUUGGUUCAUUUACCAGCUGCUCGUGCCCUUCCAUGGGUUCAAAUAUGACACCAUAGUUAAAGCAAGCCAAGGUUUGCCAGCCAACAACAAAGCAACACAGGAGACUGUGGUUUGCUGGCAAGAAACAAAAGUUAAACCACUGGACAGAGUUCAGGCAAUCAAACAAUGGUCUCUGCUUAUUGGAUUCAGCUGGCCCUGCAAUGGGACUUAACUGUGAACACUUUCUAAUAUUUUACCAAAUACCUUUGAUGUGCUUGUUAAGGAAUGAUUGCUUAAAACCUAUUUUGGACUACUCAGUGUUCAGACUUAUUUGAAAACACAUUUUGAAGGUUCAUUGUGUAGAAAAUCUUUUAGCCCCGCAAUGGUUCAUAAGUUCACGUGCCUUUACUAUAAUAUAAUAAUGAAAAAGCAGCAGAACAAUAAUGUUCUGCUUUGUAACGUUCUUUUUCUAACAGGAUUUGGCUCCUGUUAGGAAAAGAAUGAUUGACUAGCUGCACCUUUGGUCUGAUCAGGUUGAAGAGUUCUUAUUACAUAUGUCUUUGUUAAUCUGUGAUCCCUGGACCGUGUAAACAAGCCCACAGUGGUUCUCUAAAUGUCCUGCUGAUUUUGUUCAGGUGUAGAUGUAACUAUGAAAUGCAUUUUUAUAAAGUGGUGAUAGUGAUACUAUUUCUAGAAAUGUCUUAUUUUAAUGAACUGGAAUUCAGUAUUAAUAAGAAUGAUUGACAUAUACUGCUUUAAUUCUUUAUUGAAACAAAUGAUUCCCACCCCCUUGCACUUUCUAAAAUCUGGAGUUGAUCCUCUUUUUUCCGGCCCUUCUCAAUAUUAAAUAUAGUUAAUAUGUAAAUAUAUACAUUUCCUGUUUUCCCCACAUCAUUUUCUCAGCUGCAUGUCAGAAAGCACAUAUGCUUUUCCGCAUCACUGAAAUAAAUUAAUGACUUGUAAUAUGAUUUUUCAAUUCAUGGAAAUCUUGUUAUUUUGUAAGAAAUAUAAAUUGGAAGCACAGUUCUACUUUG